AUGGUCGCUGAUGCAGCGCCGCCAGACAAUGAAGCUCUGACCGCGGAAGAGCAGGACAGCUUGCGGAGCUGGACUAGGACUCCGCGACCGUAUCAUCAUGAGGCAGAAACUAUAUGGCAGGGUGCGGACAACAGUGCUGCCGAGGUGUCGCGGCGUGGGAGAGAUGGACAGACGUCGAGUAUUCAAGACGAAAGCGAACAGCUGAAUGAUGGAAGCGGCGGGCAGGCAACACCGACAUGGAGCGAGAGUGGAACAGAAGCAGACGACGAGAGACCGAGCUUUGUCAAGGCUCUGCCGGCACCACAUCUGAGACCUAGGAAGGGGUUGAAGACGGGCGAGCAGAAUGAGGAUGCGCUUCUCACGCCAUCUCAACUGGACGAUGAAGGGCGCAGAUUAUCGCAAGAGUACUUCGGCGACAAAGUACAGGGCAGGCGGAAGUUUGAGCAAGAGGACAAGGAUGAGCAGGAGAAGCUAUACCGGAGGAGAUUGGCUGAAUUCGCAAGGAGAAGUUCGGAGGUCGGGCUGACGGUGGUGAUCAUUGCAUGCGUGCUGUGCGGCGACGGAGUGCUCGAGAAGGCUUGCCAGUGGCGGUGGGAGCUGGUGAGCCAUGUCUUCAUCAUCAUGGUGUUGAUCUUGGCAUACCCGGUCAAGCUCUCGAUUGUUGACACUCAGUCCGAAGUCCGGAAGUUCUGGCAGCGAUUUCGAGUACCAGCGUCCUUCGACCCGGCUACUGUGCUUUACCCGCCACUGCUACCUGUUCUGGUCGCACUUCUAGUCUCUCCUGCACACCCGGCGACCAUCAUUCCAAACAUCGUGCUUGGGCUGGCAUCCUUGCCUCAAAGACUCUUCCCUCGAUCGAGCAGACUCGGAGGCUUCAACGAACUUCACUGGCUUCUGUCUAUCCUUCCAGUCGUUGUCUCAGAGAACACUCUAUGGCCCUCGGUGGACUGCCACCGCGAGCCCUACCUCCUUCGGUGCCCGCCAUCAGCAGGUCUGACGCCUGAGACGCUGGUGUCACUCUACCCUUUGCAUCACGCCUUGCUGGCACCGUUGCAAUAUCUCACGACCACAAGCUUGCUUAUUUCAGAACUCCACCUGCUCUCUGUGGUCUUGAUCAACCUCUUGCUCCUCGCACAGUCGCCACAGACAGUCAUGCUCAAAGCAUGCCUCUGGGUUGGAGGUGUGCCACUGUUCCUCUUUUGUGCGCCGGUUCUGCACUGGAACGUCACGCUCAUGAGGGUACCGCGAUGGAAACUGAGGCGGCCAGGGCAUACAGCUGAAGAGCGCAAGUCGCUAGUGGAUUCAGUCUCGGAACUGGUGAACCUGCAGCGAGCGACUGCAGCCUUUACUUCACGCACGGCAGAAGACAGCGAUGCUGAUGAAGAUGAGCCCCCCACCUCAAUCAAGCAGUCUACGCCGGCCGCAAAACCGAAGCUGAACAUGAGCAACCUCAAGAAGGUCGCCACACUUGAUACUCUUGCUCCAAAAUCUGCUAUUGAACCGGAUCCAAAGCCAAAUGGAUCGCUCUCUACAAAACGACCGAGAAGGAGCACCCUCCCACCACGAGAAGCUCCGCCACUUUCGGCACGGCAGCCGAGCAGUAGUCGACCACGCAAGUCCACGAGCCUCUCCUGGUACUUGCACCUGACGCCAGCCCAGGCCAAGCGCAGGAAGUUGCUGUAUAUGAUGUACAUCUACCUUGUAAUGGCUGCUGUUAUAGCUUUCCUGGUCCGACCAUACGUACAGCAGAAAGCACUCGACGGCAAAGAGCCUAUCGGAUGGGCCAUUGGGUACAUCAUAGGUCAAGUCGCGCCCUUUCGUGACAUUCUGGUCUCGCUAGGUUUGAGCGAAUGGGUGCCUUUGCCAUCUCCAGGCGGAGAUUGGCGCGACGUCCAUUUUUCGUUUCCACUGGACAUACCAGGCAUUCGCGCCACGCUCGGAGCAGCCAACGUACGACUUCUCCUAAUCGCAUACUGGGGCCUCGUCUUACUUGUCGGACUUCUCGCAGUCUUCAGCCUCACCUCACUGGUCGAAGUCGACACCCGCCGUAAGGUCUUCCACGGCGUCAUGGUGGCUAUGAUGUUGCCUGCGACCUUUGUCGACCCUUGCGCAUGCGCUCUGGCCCUGACACUUAUCCUGGCCGUCUUCCUACUCCUGGAGAUCAUCCGAGCCGGUCAAGUACAACCGCUCGGAAAUGCAAUCGGCCGUUUCGUCGCUCCAUACGUCGAUGGCCGAGACCUGCGUGGCCCAGUUGUCGUGAGCCAUCUAUUCCUCCUGAUCGGCUGCGCAGUCCCAAUGUGGUUCUCCCUCGCCUCCAUUGACCGUUCUGGCGAGCUCUCAUGGGCAGGCUGGGAGCUGAAGCAAGACAGAAGAGAAGUCGCCAUGAUCGCUGGCGUUGUCUGCGUCGGUAUGGGAGAUGCAGCUGCCAGUCUUAUCGGCAGACGCUACGGCCGGCGGAAGUGGAUCUGGGUCGGCGGCAAAAGUUUAGAGGGCAGCGCGGCUUUUGUUGCAGCUGUUACGGUCGGUCUGCUUGCGGCGAAGGCAUGGCUUGCGUUUGGCGGCUGGACGGAUAAUAACGAGUCCGUUGCAGGGCACUUGGGUCAGCUGGGCGCGGUGCAGUGUGUCAUUGCCUGGGUGUUCACGCUGGCAAAGGCGGCGUUUUGUGCGUGCGGAGCCAGCUUCAUGGAGGCGGUACUUACUGGGGCCAACGACAAUGUGGUUGUGCCUGUUGCGCUGUGGCUGCUCGUCAAGGGGGCGAGAGUGUAG